CCUCAGCCUCAGGUCACAAAUCACAAUACGCGCGUCAGUCAGUCAACUCUGGAGAGGAAAAUGGCGACAGAGAAAAUUCCACCUCCUCUUCUAAAAAUACUGGACACUCGAGCCUCCUCCUCUCUCUCUGUGUGUACAACACCCAAAUCCUCAAACGUCGAGCAAAACCCAAGAACAGUACAAGUAGAGAGCAGAGAGCCAUGGCCGCCGAGAAACCCGAGACCUAGAGAAAGAGAGAGGAAAGCUUCUUCCUUUCUGUUUCCAACUGUUCGUUCCUGCCAAGAUCGGCAAGGAGGGAAGGAUUCAACAGGAAGCCGAGGGCAAGCCGCCAUGGAGGAGAGGAGGAGGUACUGUUCCUGCUCUAGCCAUGGCCUCUCGCCGCCGCUGCCGCUCUUCUUUUUCUCCUUCUUGUGUCUUCAUUUGUCCAUGGCCGCCCCCGCCGGCGGCACGCCACCCCUUCCCCUAAACAGCACGCAGGAAUCCGUCAUGAGGGAUCUCUUGAGCUUGGUGGGGCGCAGAGCCGGCUGGAACACGACCGUCUCGAAUCCAUGCCUAUGGAGUGGAAUCGCUUGCUCUCCUUCUAACUCCGGUUCGUUCUCCGUGGUGACCAACAUCACCUUGUCAGCCCACGGCGUUUCUAACUCUUCCAUCUUCGCCACCAUAUGUGCUAUUGACACCUUGCUGUCUCUUGAUCUCUCGAGAAAUUCCUUCACCGAUUUUGGGGACCGACUCUUCUCCCCUUCUUGCUCCAUGAAGGAAGGAUUGCGGUCGCUCAAUCUGAGCAGCAAUCAGGCCGCUAGUUCGCUCGGCGGUUUUUCCGGUUUCCCUCGGCUGGAGGUUUUUGAUUUGUCCUUCAACCUUGUUAGGGGAAAUCUGAGCACCGAGUUAGGCUCAUUCCCCCAAUUGAGAAGCUUGAACCUUAGCACCAACAAUUUGAGUGGUGGUGUUCCUACAAGCAUGGUGCCCUCCUUGGAGGAGCUGGUGCUGUCUGGUAAUCAGUUGAGGGGUCCAAUUCCACCAGGUCUGUUUUCGUAUGGAGAGCUUGUUAUGCUGGAUCUCAGCCAGAACAAUCUAACUGGUGAUGUACCAGAUGAGUUAUGGAAGCUCGACAAGCUCCAGACUUUGCUCAUUUCAGGUAAUGAGCUGAGUGGGGCAAUACCUGGGAGACUGUCGAAUUCGACGAUGCUGUCUCGGUAUGCAGCCAACAAGAAUAGGUUUACCGGCCCGAUCCCAAAUGGGAUUACCGAGCAUGUGAAGAUGUUGGAUUUGAGCUACAACACUCUGAGUGGGAAUAUCCCCUCUGAUCUACUCGCGUCUCCGGUGUUGCAGGCCAUUGAUCUCACUAGUAACAGACUUGAAGGAAGUAUUCCACGGAACUUCUCCGCUAGGCUCUUUCGCCUUCGGCUUGGUAUGAACUUGCUGACCGGGAGAAUUCCGGACUCCAUAGGGAAUGCCUCGAAGUUGGCUUAUCUUGAGUUGGAUAACAAUAAUUUGUCAGGUGAUAUACCUCCCCAGCUUGGCAGAUGCAAGGAGUUGGCUCUCUUGAAUCUGGCGUCAAAUGUUUUGCAAGGUCAAGUGCCUGAUCAGAUCAGCACCCUUGAGAAGCUAGUGGUUCUGAAGCUUCAGAUGAACAACCUCAGUGGACCUAUUAAAAGUACAUUUUCUUCUCUCACAAACCUGAGCAUAUUAAAUCUCAGUCGGAAUUCAUUCAGUGGUGAGAUGCCACAGAAUAUUGAACAGUUAUCGAAGCUCUCCAGCAUGAACCUUGCAGGAAACAAGAUUAGUGGUGUCAUUCCAGUUUCAGUCAGUUCACUGCGAUUGCUAAUUGAACUGAAUCUGGGGGAUAAUUCCCUUACUGGUACCAUCCCAGACAUGCCAGACAAAUUGAGCUCAUCUCUUAAUCUUAGUCAUAACUAUCUUACUGGUUCUAUUCCCUCAAAGAUUGGGACUUUAACAGAUUUGGAGAUCCUUGAUCUUUCAUACAACAACUUGUCUGGUGCAGUGCCAUCCACACUUGAGAAUCUUCACAGCUUGACACAGUUGGUGCUUUCUUAUAAUCAGCUGUCUGGGUAUUUCCACCUACCUCCUCACGUAGUAGUUAAUAUCACUGGAAAUCCUGGGCUUAAAAUUAGAAGUGAUACAUAUGGCAAUGACACCCCGGUUGAUGGUAAAACAAAGAACCAUGCUGUUCUAGUUACCAUCUUUGCUAUUGUCGGCGCUCUUGUUGGAUUGUGCUUACUUGCUGCUGUCAUUAUGUUCUCAUUGUCCAAGAGGUUUUGUCGCUUUGAAGAUAUAGGCCCACCACCAGAGCAGGCUCUUCCUCAAAUUAUCAAUGACCACAUCAUAACAACGAACAGCAUCCACACCUCUGCAAUUGAAUUUACUUAUGCAAUGAAAGCCGUCUCCAAGCCCACCAACAUAUUUCUGAAGACAAGAUUCUGCACCUACUACAAGGCUGUGAUGCCAAAUAGGUCGAUCUACUCUGUGAAGAAGCUUGAUUGGAGUGACAAGAUAUUCCAAAUUGGGAGCCAAGAGAAAUUUGGUCAUGAGCUUGAGGUGCUUGGCAAGCUAAGUAAUUCGAAUGUCAUGGUGCCAUUGGCUUAUGCCUUGACAGAAGACAAUGCGUACCUACUAUACGAGCAUGUGUACAAGGGCACGGUGUUUGACUUACUCCAUGAUGGAAGGUCAGAUGUUCUUGACUGGCCCUCGCGGUAUAGCAUUGCUUUGGGGGUGGCCCAAGGUCUGACCUUUCUUCAUGGGCGCACUCAGCCAGUUCUGCUUCUUGAUCUGUCGACGAGGACUAUCCACUUGAAGUCAAGGAAUGAGCCUCAGAUUGGAGAUAUUGAGCUUUACAAAAUUAUUGACCCUUCCAAGAGUAGUGGGAGCCUUUCAACUAUUGCUGGUACAGUUGGUUAUAUACCACCAGAGUACGCAUACACCAUGAGGCUGACGAUGGCCGGCAACGUCUAUAGCUUUGGAGUCAUUUUACUGGAGCUUUUGACUGGGAAACCAUCGGUCAGCGACGGCAUGGAGUUAGCCAAGUGGGCUCUCAGUCUUUCAGCCAGGCCCGAUCAAAGGGAGCAGGUCCUUGACACCAGGGUCUCAAGAAGUUCAGUUGGUGUUCACAGCCAGAUGCUGUCGGUCCUGAACAUCGCCCUCGCCUGCGUCGCUUUCUCUCCGGAUGCUCGCCCGAAGAUGCGCGCUGUUCUGAGGACGCUCCUCAACGCAAAGUGAAUCGACGGAAUCCGUUUUGAUAGCCUAGAUAAAUUCUGAGUGGAGCCUGAUAUUCGGCUUAGUUUGUGGAUGAUCAUUGUAUAGUACCAUGGUAGAUUAUAUGACAUGGUUGAUGAGUUGGAGUAUAGGUAAUCUGUUUUUGGAGUGGAAGCACUACGAUUUCAAUGCUGUAAACAUCACAGCGAAGUGAUGGUCAUAUUAGCAAAAGCUCUAGUCCAUUGUUUUUGCUGGCUAGUUUAUUAAAGACUUUGAAUUGGCUAUGGGUAGUUGAACUAAAAGCUCUGCAAAUCACCAACUCAAUCCUGUCGUCUAAUUUGGAGUUAAACAUGCAGUGUGAAACUGUCAGUUAAUUUACUCUA